ACUUGAAAGCUCAGAGGGUAAUCAUGGGAAAGGAGGCGGCCUUCUGAAAUUAAAAAAAGGAUGAAGCUAGAUGUCCUCACCAGCAUCUUUGGUUGCCACCUCAAUAACAUACUAGCUGCCACCUGCGUUUUGAAAGGCUCAAUUACCAUGAUGGGUUUUCUACAAACUCUUCAACCCAUUAUCUGUUCAAUAUAACACUCAUAUAAGAAAAUAAAAUACGUUUUUAUCGUGUUGAGAAGUUUUUCUCUCGAAGUUUUCUUGUACUGUCAUUUUUUGUCCAAAACAAAUUGAACUUGAAAGCUCAGAGGGUAAUCAUGGGAAAGGAGGCGGCCUUUUGAAAUUAAAAAAUGGAUGAAGCUAGAUGUCCUCACCAGCAUCUUUGGUUGCCACCUCAAUAACAUACUAGCUGCCACCUGCGUUUUGAAAGGCUCAAUUACCAUGUUGCAAUAUAUGGGACAAUGGCAGCUCUGAUCAUUGGAGUUGGAAAUUCAGCUGUUACUAUAGGACUGUGGCCUGUACAUGCAUUCUGGACAUACUAUUCUCUGGCUCGGACCAAAAAAAUAGGACCCAUUUUGAAGGCUGUUAUGUUAGUAACUCUGGUAGUGCCUAUAAUUUUGGUUCCAGUAACAGUUGUUCUUGGGAGCAUUUUGGUAGGCUUGGCGUAUGGCCUUGUUGCACCCCUGAUGGCAACGUUUGAGGCUGUUGGGGAGGGACAUGAAAAUAAAUUUAUUCAUUGCAUUGUGGAUGGCACCUUGACCACAGUUAAAGGGAGUUGCACAGUGGUCCGGGACUUCACUGAUGUGUGCUUCCAUUCUUACUUUUCUCUCAUGGAUGAACUGCACGAUCAGCCACCAAAAGACGGGAAAGCGCUGGACAUUGACUUGUUGCAACUGCCAGGUUGUGUAUUGGCUGGCCUAUUGGGCAUUCUUUUGGAUGUGCCAAUUAUUACAUUGAUUGCAAUAUGGAAGGCUCCUUACAUGCUUUUGAAAGGAUGGUUCCGACUAGUUCAAGAUUUCAUAGGCAGAGAAGGACUGUUUUUUGAUGUUGCCUGCUUACCAUUUGCCAGCCUUGCCAUCCUUCUUUGGCCAUUGGCAGUGGUUGGAACUGUUUUAGCUGCAUUUUUUUCAAGUUUUUGUAUUGGCCUUUAUGGGGCUGUUGUUGUGUAUCAGGAAGGUUCAAUUCAACUGGGAUCAAAGUAUAUUGUGUCUGCAAUAGCGCUGUUCGAUGAAUAUAGCAAUGACUUGCUACACAUGAGGGAAGGUUCUUGUUUUCCAAGGCCUGAGUACCGCCGUAAAAAGAAAUCUUCCUCUGGACCUGCGCAAACAAGCUGCUUACCUGAUAAACAGAGAACAGACAGUGCUCAUAGGGAAGGCAACUCAAUUCCCCAUAAAUGCAUUCCUGAGCGUACAAAGUCAUUGAAGAAGACAUUUCAACGACUUAACUCUGUGCAGAUAUGGGAUCGACUCUUUCAUUCCUGUGAGUUUUAUGGAAGAGCCCUGGUGCAAGAUGGUGUGAUAAGGUUUUCAGACAUUGAGGAGUGGAUCUCCACUGGGAAGUCCCGAAUAUUAAGUGUUGGGCUUUUGGCAUAUAGCAUUCUACAGACUCUUCUUCACCCUGUGAAUUUUGAUUCUCUCAAUUUCCUAGUCUCUGAUGGCGCAGAGUUGACAAAGUCUGAUAGAGCUGAUGAUCGAGUGGCUGAGUGGUUCUUUCACCCAUUGAUGAUCAUGAAAGAACAAAUUCAAUCGUACAAACUUGAAGACAGAGAGGCCCUCUACUUGAGCAAACUAGCACUUUUGAGUAAUAGUCCUGAACGCAUGGAGACUUGGAAAAAUGGUGGGAUUCCACCCAGUGAUGGGGUGAAGAAGGCUGAAUUAGAGGGCUUAAGUAGAAGGUUGCAGGGAAUUGCCACUUCUGUUUCAAGAAUGCCAACUUUUCGGCGUCGAUUUCAGAAUGUGGUUAAAGUGUUGUAUCAAGCAGCAGUUGAGACAAAAAGUGUUAAUUUAAAUACUGUGAGAUCUUUGCCAAUCCUUAAAAGCAAGAACAAACUAGGUAGACAGUACGAUUCAGUAAAUAAAAAGCAGGCAGCGAACCAAUAUGAUGAAAAUAAUGUAUAGUAAAUAUAGAUGGAGAAUGCUACGUGUAUAGAGAUAGCGAACGUUGCUUUUUUAUAGUAUUGUCUUCCUUUUUGUAAAGAUCUUAUGUCCAUUUUUAUGGAUUAUGCAUAUGGGUUUCGGCUAUCAAUAUCUUUCUUCUAGAUUUAA